CUGAAAUCUAGACGCUGCUGAGAUAUUAGACAUUAGGUGCCCACAGGCUGUGUGGAUGUAGAAGGGAGAUAUGCUUCUCCUAUUUGCACAAAGAUAGGAGUUGUUGAGUAUUAUUAUUGAACAAUAGCACAUUGGCUGUGAGAAGAGUCCUAGUAACAGAAAGAAUAGGAUGUCUGCCACUGAACAGAAGGGUACAUCACCCCAGAGCACAUGGGGACAAGGUUAGGAUCCUAGUGACUAAAAACAAAAAUUGGCCGCAGAGCUGCUGGGGUGACGAGGAAAGAGAAGAAUGCAGACAUUGGAAAAUUAUGAUAUAGUUUAAGUACCCAGCAGCAGGAACCCAGGUCCAGUGGAUGAGAUGACCAGGAUACCACCAGAUCCGCGGGAAACUCACCAAACUGUUGAGCUGCUAGUCAAGGGCUCCUCAGACUCUUUCCGUGAGCCAGAAUCAGUCCCAGUGCCUGGGGUGGCUGGGCUUGCAGAUGGGCAUUAGGAAGCACCUGCUUCUAGAUUGAGACGGAACUGGGAAUGGAGGAGCCAGGCAGGUGAGGUUUCUGUGUGCUCAGCAUCCGUAAUAGAGAAUGCCAAAGGCCUUUCUUCCUUGGUGUUGCAUGAUACUGACGGAGAUACCCACAGGGUUUUUCUGUGAAUUUGGUCUUAAAUGACAAAAACCGCAGUUACUUUUGCACUAACCUAAUACUUGUUAAGUAGAACAGUGUUUCCAGAAAUAUUGCUGAGCAUGCUUUCUUUCUAGCUGUUUGGAAAAACAGGCUCCCUUUGGUUUAAGAAAGCAUUAGGAGAGUCUAAAAAAAAAACCUGACAUUUUUUCAAGUGUUUCUCCAUAGAGUUUGUUUUGUUUUUAUAAACAAUGCUAGCAUGGUUGGGAGGAGCAGGCUUUUAUUUCAGCUGAGUUUGAAUCGAAAGUUCUAUAAGCUUUAUCUCCAUUUCAUUAAUUACUAGAAUUAAUAAUGCUUACGGAGUAAUGUUUAGUCUGAUAGCAAAAGGAGGGGCCCGUGCUCAUUUGUGAAAGCUCAUUUGUGAAAGGAGGAGGUAAUGUAACACAUGAGCUGUGUCCUGAAAGAGACAGAUUUGAGACCUCUUUCUGCUACUUUCAGCUCAAUGAAGUCAUUGUUUUUCUCCCAGAGUGUUGGUUUCCUCCUCUGUAAAAUGGGAAUUGUGAGUCUACUACUCCUUUUGCAAGGUGGUUGUCAGGAUAUCAUGAGAAAAUACACGAAAGCAAUUAUCACAUGCCUUGGCACAGGCUAAGCACUCAAACAUCUUAAUGCUUCUAAUUAGUUGUUAUUCACUGAGCAUUUACCGCGUGCUAAGCAUUUAGGAUAAAAAGAAAGAAAGAACACAAAGCAUCUAGUUAUGGGAUCUGUAUCUGUUACAGUCUCUGUAUUUCAGUAAAUCCUUCCAUGGUUCUGUUGUGUGUCUUAGAGCAAUGAUUCUCAAAAUUUACUGUGCAUAAGAAUCAAAUUGGUGGAUGCUGUUUAAAUGCCCAUUCCUGAGCCCCAGAGAUUGAGAUUAACUAGAGACUCAGGAGUGUGCAUGUUAACAAGUCCCCACCUGGUGCAGGCUCUUGAGCCUGCCCUAGAGUCACCUCCUUUCUCCAAUACCUGAAUUUACCCUUCCAGACUUCAAGAUACCAAUGGAACACCAUCAGGAAGUUUCAGAUUGGAGUUAUCUCUUUUAGAUUUGCCUUGUGCUUUUUAUCUUGAGAGACAGGAUGACACCAGGCAUAGAACUCUGAGAAAGAAAGGAUUGACCUGUAGAUCUAUUUCUGUCUUCCUUGAACUGUGUGACCUCAGAUAACUCAACCUUAUCUUCCGUUUUCUUCAUGCAUCAAGAAGACAACACCUCCACACCCAUCUCAUAAGCUUAUUUUGAGCCUUAAAUGGGGGUAUGGACAUAUAAAAGUUUUUCUAUGAACUUUAAUGCAAUAAAUAUAAACACAAAUAAAAUAUACUUUUACCAUUAAAGCAAAGUGAAACUGUUGCCAAGAUUGAGUUCAAUCUGGUGUAUAUAGGUUACUUGUACAUUGGUUUACACAGCUUAGUUGGAGAAUAUGUGAACAUUUGUCCUCUGGCAGUGAGUCCUUUUUCUCCCUUGUUAUCCUCCACCCACACUUUUGUAAAGGAUGUUUUAGGGACCCUGAUUUUAGGAGCAUCUGCAGCCACAAAGCUGGCAUUGGUCAUGUUUAAUGUCAAGAUCUUGAAAACUGCUUGUCUUGAUAAUUAAAGCUAUAUUAAAGGGCCUCAUGCCUUCUUAAAAGCAGAUAUCCUCUUAAAUUCUAACAGGGUUUUCUUGGAAUGCUUUGCUCAAAGCAGAAUGGUCCUUCCAUUUAUAGAAUAUAAUUAGAGAAUUGGUUUAUUUGUGGAAGUAUUUUCCUGUGAGCAAGCAGAAGAAUCAUGUUUAUAACAAGGAUAUCCUGGCUGGCCUUUGCAACUUGAAUAUUGAAGCUGUGAAUUGUACAUGAAAUACGAGAGCGCCUAAACUUCCUAAAUGUUUUUCAGGUGGUAUAUGCAGUAGUGGUCAAGAGUGGGUUCAUUUUAUUGUUUGAAAAAUAACAUUCUCUCACAGUUCUUUGUUUUCAGUUAGACUACAUAUUAGUGAAUGAAAAACAACAAAACAAUAACAAAAGUCUCGCUUACCCCUGCCUCCAUGUUCUGUGAAUAAUACAUAAAUUGCCCAAAGAGUAUGUUUUGGAGAAUAUAUAGGAAUUUUGAAUUGUAAAUACUGACUUCCUUCCCUAGACCUGCAUAUACUGUCUUAUAUAUAAAUAUAUAUUUUAAAAAUUGCUGCUACUGGUAAGUUUUAUCUUUGUUGGGUCUUUGCAUAAAUGAUGUUAUUCUUAGUGGAGCCUGAAAUGUUUAAUUUGAGCAUUUAAGAAGACGUUCAUCACUACUUUGGCCCAUGGUAAACUACCUUCCAGGACAGUCUAAUAACCCAAAGAGGUAGAUGAUGUAUUCUCACUUGUAAACAUGUGAGGACUCUCAGGUCAAAAUAGGUAGACUGGUUAGGCUCCCUACACCGGAUGUGGAGUUAGGCUGUGAAUCUUGUCUUCUGAUUUCCAACCAGUGUUGACUCUUCACAGGGUUUAUGUAUACCUAAUUAGAAAUACCUAAUUAAAAAUAAACUAAAGUUUGCUCAUUAACUUGCUUAUUUAUUUGCUUUCUCCUGACAUAGUUUUCAUUUCUAACUAAUUUAUAAUCGUGGCACUUGGGGGUGGUGGUGACUGCAUUAACAGCGGCGAGAAGCAACAGCUGACAGCAAGAAAGGAGUGAAAAGCAACAGCCAGAUGAUCAUGCCGGUUUAGGACUGCUUAGCAGAUAGCUCCACACACCCAUCAGAUGCAGAAGGCUUCAAGUGUGAGCCAGCCAUGAGAGGGUAUCUUGUGGCCAUUUUCCUGAGUGCCGUCUUCCUCUAUUACGUACUGCAUUGUAUAUUAUGGGGAACAAACGUCUAUUGGGUGGCACCUGUGGAAAUGAAACGGAGAAAUAAGUUCCAGCCUUGUUUAUCAAAGCCAGCUUUUGCCUCUCUGCUGAGGUUUCAACAGUUUCACCCUUUUCUGUGUGCAGCUGAUUUUAGAAAGAUUGCUUCCUUGUAUGGUAGCGAUAAGUUUGAUUUGCCCUAUGGGAUGAGAACAUCAGCGGAAUAUUUUCGACUUGCUCUUUCAAAACUGCAGAGUUGUGAUCUCUUUGACGAGUUUGACAACAUACCCUGUAAAAAGUGCGUGGUGGUUGGUAAUGGAGGAGUUCUGAAGAAUAAGACCUUAGGAGAGAAGAUCGACUCCUAUGACGUAAUCAUAAGAAUGAAUAAUGGUCCCGUUUUAGGACAUGAAGAAGAAGUUGGGAGAAGGACGACCUUCCGACUUUUUUAUCCAGAAUCUGUUUUUUCAGAUCCUAUUCACAACGACCCUAAUACGACAGCAAUUCUCACAGCUUUUAAGCCACAUGAUUUGAGGUGGCUGUUGGACUUGUUGAUGGGUAACAAAAUAAACACUAAUGGUUUUUGGAAGAAACCAGCCUUAAACCUGAUCUAUAAACCUUAUCAAAUCAGAAUAUUAGAUCCUUUCAUUAUCAGAACAGCGGCUUAUGAACUGCUUCAUUUUCCAAAAGUGUUUCCCAAAAAUCAGAAACCCAAACACCCAACAACAGGAAUUAUUGCCAUCACACUGGCAUUCUACAUAUGCCACGAAGUUCACCUAGCUGGUUUUAAAUACAACUUUUCUGACCUCAAGAGUCCCUUGCACUACUAUGGGAACGCCACCAUGUCUUUGAUGAAUAAGAAUGCAUAUCACAAUGUCACUGCAGAGCAGCUCUUUUUGAAGGACAUUAUAGAAAAAAACCUUGUAAUCAACUUGACUCAAGAUUGACUCUACAGACUCAGAAGAUGAAGCUAACAGUGUUAGUUUUAUUUUUGUACUGAAAUUUUUAGUUUAAAAUAUGUUGGAUGCACUCAUCAAAUAAUUAUGUAUAUUGUCUGUUGCUGCCUGGUGAUUCAUAACCACCAGCUUAAUUUCUGUGAAUACCAUAUAUUUAACUUAUGAAACCAAGAAAUGUUUAGUGACGGUAUCAGGAAAAUGUUUUGAUUGCAUUGUUUUUAAAAUAAGCUAUUUUCUGACGUGUUUUUACGUCUUUUUAUAGUGACUUCACCUUGGACUCUGAAGGGGCAUGACUUCCUGCUGAGGGUUUAGUUUACCGCAGUUUUGACUAUAAUAAGACAUUCUCAGAAGUGUAUUUGGCUACUGUAAACAUGGCUGGUGGGAAAUCACAUACGAUUGGGGCUUGAUGUGGCAAACUGAAGCCUCUUGGCUAUGGAAAUAUAAGUUCAUACUGGUUUAAUUAAGCUCUCCCCGACAACCCCCGGAAUUAAAUGAGCUGUGAUUGUGAUGAGUAGUUUGGUACAAUGAAGGUGGUAAGUUAAAGGAAAUAGGCUAAGCAUAAGUUCUGGUUAAGUAUAUAACUAGAGAAUAGAAUUAUUACAGUCUGACGGCUUUGUAUUAUUUUAAAGACAUACAGUUUAACUUUAUACAAUGAAGCUAAGCUAGACAAACUCAAGGAAAGAAAAAUCUUGAACUUUUUUUUGGUCUGGUUUAUUCAUUAAAUUUUGAAGGUUUUCCACUUGGAAGUAAAUUAGGAAAGGUAAAGAAGACAAAAGAACAAGUAAACACUUACGAAAAGUCAAGCUGAGGCUGGGCGUAGUGGCUCCCACCUGAAAUCCUAGCACUUUGGGGAGCCAAGGAAGAUGGUCAGAUUGACUGAACAGGAGAUCAAGACCAGCCUGGCCCAACGUGGUGAAACCUGUUCUCUACUAAAAUACAAAAAAUUAGCUGCGCAUGGUAGUGCAUGCUGUAGUCCCAGCUACUCAGGAGGCUGAGGCAUGACAAUCGCUUGAGCCAGAGAGGCAGAGAGGUUGCAGUGAGCCGAGAUUGCGCCACUGCACUCCAGCCUGUGUGACAGCAACUGUUGUCGUCAAAAAAAAAAAAUCAUGUUCCCAUGAUUAAAGCUAAUCUUCAGAUGGAAAGCAUGCCUGGCUACCUAGGGUGCACCAGAGAAUCUGAUCCAACGCAAGCCAGUCAAUCCUACAAUUGUGGUAAGCUAAUCUCCUUAAAUUUUAAUAAAUACAACCAAAGGCCAUUUGGAGGUGGGGGAAUGAGAGGUGAAGGAACAGAACAGAGCUUGUAAGGAUGAAACUAAAAGUUGUCUGAGGAUGUUAUGAGCUGAAGAAUGAAUUACUGUCUUUUGAACAAUAAACAUCACUGGGAAACACUGGAAAA